AAGUAAAGUGUGGAAUCAGAUUUGUCACCGUGCGCAACGAACGCGAGACUUGACGCAAUUAAAACCCCGCUCUCCGUGCUCCAACGCAAUACCAGAAUUCAACACGACCUUCAUCACCAUCACCCGGCCCUUUAUGACCUCCUCCCUGGCCCGGCCUUUCAAAACAAUCCUAACACGGCCCAAGACCAUCUCGCGACCCUUCACCUCCCUCAUGACACAAAAAGCCACCUUUGCCGCCGGCUGCUUCUGGGGCGUCGAGCACAUCUUCCGGCAGCACUUUGACAAGCGCGGGCUCGUUGACGCGCGUGUGGGCUACAUUGGCGGCGACGCCGACUCGCCAUCAUACCGGGCCGUGUGCAGCGGCGCCACCGGCCACGCCGAGGCCACGCAGGUGGAGUUUGACCCAGCCAAGGUCUCGUACCGCCAGCUCGUCGAGUUCUUCUACAAGACGCACGACCCGACCACCAAGAACCAGCAAGGCAACGACCGCGGUACCCAGUAUCGCAGCGCCAUAUUCUUCCACGACGCCGAGCAGGAGGCCGUCGCGCGCGAGGUCACGCGGCAGGCCAACGAGCAGUGGUGGAAGGGCAAGAUCGUGACCGAGAUCCUGGCGGCGGGCAAGUGGUGGGACGCCGAGGAUUAUCACCAGCUGUACCUGCACAACAACCCUGACGGGUACCAGUGCGCGAGCCAUCAUGUUAGGGAUUUUGGGGAGCUAAAGUAACUAUCGUACAAGGAUACUCGGUAGUUGACCGAAUCACUU